AUGGGACAGAAGCCCAGCAGCCCGUUGGCGACCUGCCUCAACAACGUCUGCGAUGGCCGUUCCUCCUGCGUCGGCUAUUCGAAUGAUCCCCUCUAUCAAAUCAACUGGGUGAAGCCGUACAACCUGGACCUCGCCGUCGUACCGAUCGCCGUCACCCGUCCUGAAACCAAGGAAGACGUCGCCGGCUUCGUCAAAUGCGCUGCAGACAACAACGUCAAGGUGCAGGCAAAGUCGGGAGGACACUCUUACGCUAACUUUGGCCUCGGUGGCACCGAUGGUGCCCUGGUCAUCGACCUCGGCCAUUUCCAACACUUCUCAAUGGACACAAAUACUUGGCAAGCAACCAUCGGCGGAGGCCACAGGCUGCACGACGUUACCGAGAAACUGCACGACAACGGGAAACGUGCCAUGGCGCACGGCACAUGUCCUGGCGUGGGUAUCGGCGGUCACGCCACCAUUGGCGGUCUUGGGCCCAGCUCACGCAUGUGGGGGAGUUGCAUCGACCACGUUGUCGAGGUCGAAGUUGUCACUGCCGAUGGCAAGAUCCAGCGCGCCAGUGACACGCAGAAUUCGGACCUGUUCUUCGCUCUCAAGGGGGCCGGCGCCGGCUUCGGCGUCAUCACCGAGUUCGUCAUGCGGACCCAUCCGGAGCCCGGCGACGUCGUGCAGUACUCGUACUCCAUCACCUUCGCCAAGCACCGCGACCUCGCUCCCGUCUUCAAGCAGUGGCAGGAUCUCAUCUCAGACCCGGAUCUCGACCGCCGCUUUAGCAGCGAGUUCGUCAUGCAGCAGCUCGGCGUCGCCAUCACAGCUACUUUUUACGGCACCGAAGCCGAGUUUCGAGCGACGGGCAUACCGGACAAGAUCCCCACAGGUAAGGUCUCCGUCGUCGUCAACAACUGGCUCGGGGACGUCGCGCAAAAGGCACAGGACGCGGCUCUCUGGCUGAGCGAUAUCCGGUCCCCCUUCACCGCCAAGAGCCUUGCCUUCACCCGUGACCAACUCUUGUCCGACGACGCCAUCGAGAACCUGAUGAAGUACAUCGACGAGGUCCACCGCGGCACCCUGAUCUGGUUUCUGAUCUUCGACGUGACGGGAGGCGCCAUUAACGACGUGCCCAUGAACGCCACAGCCUACAGCCAUCGCGACAAGAUCAUGUUCUGCCAGGGCUACGGCAUCGGCCUCCCAACAUUGAACAGCAAGACCAAGGAGUUCAUCGCCGGCAUCACCGGGACCAUCCGCAAGGCCAGCCCGAGUGAACUCAGCACGUACGCGGGAUACGUCGAUCCGAUGCUCGAUAACGCGCAGGAGAGUUACUGGGGCACCAAUCUGCCGACGCUGCAGCGCAUCAAGGCAGCGUGGGAUCCCAAGGACCUCUUCUCCAACCCGCAGAGCGUGCGGCCCGACGCGGAUGCGAAGGGCGCCGAACCCAAGUCGAGCGGCCCCAGCAGUGGCGACGGAAGGGGCGGUGACAGCUAG